AUGUCUGCCACGCGCGGCGCUCACCACAAGGCAUACGAAGGCGCAGUAACGACUCUCUACCGCUUGGAGCUCGAAGCAAUUGCGAAUGAUCCGACCAGGGCUACCGAAGCACCCGAGCCCGCUGCGCUCAAGGCGGUGAGGACGAAGAUUGGGCAACCACCACCCAAAGCGGACGUCCGCUUCCAGAUCGACGCCAUGUUCACUCUCUGUGAGAUCCGCUUCAUGCUCGCAGAGGUUGGCGUAAGCCGUGUCGACGGUCUCCCCACGACUGCUACGGACGAGUCGGGUGCGAAACACCGCAAGCUUUGGACGUCUUUCGUGACUUUCUUGUACCAAUCAUGCGCGGUCGACGCUCGUAAAGCCCUUACCAUGGCGCAAAACUCCUCGGCAUCUCGCCAGACAGCAAAAUGCUCAGUCUACAUCCUUCGCGCCGAGUUCGAAGAGUUCCGCUCCCGGAUGAUGGAAGACGAGCGGAACCUCUCUCGUGGGGACCGUCGACCGUCCAUCGCGGAUCGCACGCGCCUUGGCGACCAGGUGAAGGGCAAGCGAGAUGACAUUGUUCACGCCGUGCAGACGUAUCAAGAGCAGUAUGUUCGCAGCCGGCCAGUGGACAGCGUUGUCGGUAUGAGAGAUGAACGACGGUGGUUCCAAGACAACUGUGGAUGCAAGGUAGACCGGUUUAUCAAGCAGCUUGAAGAACUGGAGUCGUUCGUCCGCAAGGGAGGUAUGUACGAGCCCUUGUCAAUGCAGGAGCGCGAAAUGAUUGUCAAGACCUUCGGCUUCGGCUACACCGGCCACUUCUAUAAUUGUCCAAACGGACACCCGUAUACUAUCGGAGAGUGUGGUGGCGCCAUGGAGACGUCUACAUGCCCAGAGUGCGGUGAGCGCAUCGGAGGAGGGGGUCAUCGACUCCUGGGCUCCAAUACAGCAGCCAAAGAGUUCGAGACUAUCCUUCGUAAAACAGGUGCCCAGCAGGGAUUCUACUGA